AUCCCUCUGCACUCAGAUCCCUCCGCACUCAGAUCCUCUGCACUCAGAUUCCCUGCACUCAGAUCCCUCCGCACUCAGAUCCUCCGCACUCAGAUCCCUCGCACUCAGAUCCCUCCGCACUCAGAUCCCUCCGCACUCAGAUCCCUCCGCACUCAGAUCCCUCCGCACUCAGAUCCCUCCGCACUCAGAUCCCUCGCACUCAGAUCCUCCGCACUCAGAUCCCUCUGCACUCAGAUCCCUCCGCACUCAGAUCCCUCCGCACUCAGAUCCUCCGCACUCAGAUCCCUCCGCACUCAGACCUCCGCACUCAGAUCCCUCCGCACUCAGAUCCCUCUGCACUCAGAUCCCUCUGCACUCAGAUCCCUCCGCACUCAGAUCCCCGCACUCAGAUCCCUCCGCACUCAGAUCCCCGCACUCAGAUCCCUCGCACUCAGAUCCCUCCGCACUCAGAUCCCUCCGCACUCAGAUCCCUCUGCACUCAGAUCCCUCGCACUCAGAUCCCUCUGCACUCAGAUCCCUCCGCACUCAGAUCCCUCCGCACUCAGAUCCCUCCGCACUCAGAUCCCUCCGCACUCAGAUCCCUCCGCACUCAGAUCCCUCCGCACUCAGAUCCCUCUGCACUCAGAUCCCUCCGCACUCAGAUCCCUCCGCACUCAGAUCCCUCCGCACUCAGAUCCCUCCGCACUCAGAUCCCUCCGCACUCAGAUCUCCUGCACUCAGAUCCCUCCGCACUCAGAUCCCUCCGCACUCAGAUCCCUCCGCACUCAGAUCCCUGCGCACUCAGAUCCCUCCGCACUCAGAUCCCUCCGCACUCAGAUCCCUCCGCACUCAGAUCCCUCCGCACUCAGAUCCCUCCGCACUCAGAUCCCUCCGCACUCAGAUCCCUCCGCACUCAGAUCCCUCCGCACUCAGAUCCCUCUGCACUCAGAUCCCUCCGCACUCAGAUCCCUCCGCACUCAGAUCCCUCCGCACUCAGAUCCCGCACUCAGAUCCCUCCGCACUCAGAUCCCUCCGCACUCAGAUCCCUCCGCACUCAGAUCCCUCCGCACUCAGAUCCCUCCGCACUCAGAUCCCUCCGCACUCAGAUCCCUCCGCACUCAGAUCCCUCCGCACUCAGAUCCCUCCGCACUCAGAUCCCUCCGCACUCAGAUCCCUCCGCACUCAGAUCCCUCCGCACUCAGAUCCCUCCGCACUCAGAUCCUCUGCACUCAGAUCCCUCCGCACUCAGAUCCUCCGCACUCAGAUCCCUCCGCACUCAGAUCCCUCCGCACUCAGAUCCCUCCGCACUCAGAUCCCUCCGCACUCAGAUCCCUCUGCACUCAGAUCCCUCCGCACUCAGAUCCCUCCGCACUCAGAUCCCUCGCACUCAGAUCCCUCCGCACUCAGAUCCCUCCGCACUCAGAUCCCUCCGCACUCAGAUCCCUCCGCACUCAGAUCCCUCGCACUCAGAUCCCUCCGCACUCAGAUCCCUCUGCACUCAGAUCCCUCUGCACUCAGAUCCCUCGCACUCAGAUCCCUCCGCACUCAGAUCCCUCCGCACUCAGAUCCCUCCGCACUCAGAUCCCUCCGCACUCAGAUCCCUCUGCACUCAGAUCCCUCCGCACUCAGAUCCCUCCGCACUCAGAUCCCUCGCACUCAGAUCCCUCCGCACUCAGAUCCCUCCGCACUCAGAUCCCUCCGCACUCAGAUCCUCCGCACUCAGAUCCCUCGCACUCAGAUCCCUCUGCACUCAGAUCCCUCCGCACUCAGAUCCUCCGCACUCAGAUCCCUCCGCACUCAGAUCCCUCGCACUCAGAUCCCUCCGCACUCAGAUCCCUCCGCACUCAGAUCCCUCCGCACUCAGAUCCCUCCGCACUCAGAUCCCUCUGCACUCAGAUCCUCCGCACUCAGAUCCCUCUGCACUCAGAUCCCUCCGCACUCAGAUCCCUCCGCACUCAGAUCCCUCCGCACUCAGAUCCCUCCGCACUCAGAUCCCUCCGCACUCAGAUCCCUCCGCACUCAGAUCCCUCCGCACUCAGAUCCCUCCGCACUCAGAUCCCUCUGCACUCAGAUCCUCUGCACUCAGAUCCCUCCGCACUCAGAUCCCCUGCACUCAGAUCCCUCUGCACUCAGAUCCUCCGCACUCAGAUCCUCUGCACUCAGAUCCUCCGCACUCAGAUCCCUCCGCACUCAGAUCCCUCCGCACUCAGAUCCCUCUGCACUCAGAUCCCUCCGCACUCAGAUCCCUCCGCACUCAGAUCCCUCCGCACUCAGAUCCCUCCGCACUCAGAUCCCUCUGCACUCAGAAUCCUCCGCACUCAGAUCCCUCCGCACUCAGAUCCCUCCGCACUCAGAUCCCUCCGCACUCAGAUCCCUCCGCACUCAGAUCCCUCCGCACUCAGAUCCCUCUGCACUCAGAUCCCUCCGCACUCAGAUCCCUCCGCACUCAGAUCCCUCCGCACUCAGAUCCCUCCGCACUCAGAUCCCUCCGCACUCAGAUCCCUCCGCACUCAGAUCCCUCCGCACUCAGAUCCCUCUGCACUCAGAUCCCUCCGCACUCAGAUCCCUCCGCACUCAGAUCCCUCCGCACUCAGAUCCCUCUGCACUCAGAUCCUCUGCACUCAGAUCCCUCCGCACUCAGAUCCCUCCGCACUCAGAUCCCUCCGCACUCAGAUCCCUCUGCACUCAGAUCCCUCCGCACUCAGAUCCCUCUGCACUCAGAUCCCUCCGCACUCAGAUCCCUCGCACUCAGAUCCCUCCGCACUCAGAUCCCUCUGCACUCAGAUCCCUCCGCACUCAGAUCCCUCCGCACUCAGAUCCCUCUGCACUCAGAUCCCUCCGCACUCAGAUCCCUCCGCACUCAGAUCCCUCCGCACUCAGAUCCCUCCGCACUCAGAUCCCUCGCACUCAGAUCCCUCCGCACUCAGAUCCCUCCGCACUCAGAUCCCUCCGCACUCAGAUCCCUCCGCACUCAGAUCCCUCCGCACUCAGAUCCCUCUGCACUCAGAUCCCUCUGCACUCAGAUCCCUCCGCACUCAGAUCCCUCCGCACUCAGAUCCCUCGCACUCAGAUCCCUCGCACUCAGAUCCCUCCGCGCACUCAGAUCCCUCUGCACUCAGAUCCCUCCGCACUCAGAUCCCUCUGCACUCAGAUCCCUCCGCACUCAGAUCCCUCCGCACUCAGAUCCCUCUGCACUCAGAUCCCUCCGCACUCAGAUCCCUCCGCACUCAGAUCCCUCCGCACUCAGAUCCCUCCGCACUCAGAUCCUCUGCACUCAGAUCCCUCCGCACUCAGAUCCCCUGCACUCAGAUCCCUCCGCACUCACAGAUCCCUCCGCACUCAGAUCCUCCGCACUCAGAUCCCUCCGCACUCAGAUCCUCCGCACUCAGAUCCCUCCGCACUCAGAUCCCUCUGCACUCAGAUCCCUCCGCACUCAGAUCCCUCCGCACUCAGAUCCCUCCGCACUCAGAUCCCUCCGCACUCAGAUCCCUCCGCACUCAGAUUCCUCCGCACUCAGAUCCCUCUGCACUCAGAUCCCUCCACUCAGAUCCCUCGCACUCAGAUCCCUCCGCACUCAGAUCCCUCCGCACUCAGAUCCCUCUGCACUCAGAUCCCUCCGCACUCAGAUCCCUCUGCACUCAGAUCCCUCCGCACUCAGAUCCCCGCACUCAGAUCCCUCCGCACUCAGAUCCCUCCGCACUCAGAUCCCUCCGCACUCAGAUCCCUCCGCACUCAGAUCCCUCCGCACUCAGAUCCCUCCGCACUCAGAUCCCUCUGCACUCAGAUCCCUCCGCACUCAGAUCCCUCCGCACUCAGAUCCUCUGCACUCAGAUCCCUCCGCACUCAGAUCCCUCUGCACUCAGAUCCUCCGCACUCAGAUCCCUCUGCACUCAGAUCCCUCUGCCACUCAGAUCCCUCCGCACUCAGAUCCCUCCGCACUCAGAUCCCUCCGCACUCAGAUCCCUCCGCACUCAGAUCCCUCCGCACUCAGAUCCCUGCACUCAGAUCCCUCCGCACUCAGAUCCCUCGCACUCAGAUCCCUCCGCACUCAGAUCCUCCGCACUCAGAUCCUCCGCACUCAGAUCCCUCCGCACUCAGAUCCUCCCGCACUCAGAUCCCUCCGCACUCAGAUCCCUCCGCACUCAGAUCCCUCCGCACUCAGAUCCCUCCGCACUCAGAUCCCUCCGCACUCAGAUCCCUCCGCACUCAGAUCCCUCGCACUCAGAUCCCUCCGCACUCAGAUCCCUCUGCACUCAGAUCCUCUGCACUCAGAUCCCUCCGCACUCAGAUCCCUCCGCACUCAGAUCCCUCCGCACUCAGAUCCCUCCGCACUCAGAUCCCUCCGCACUCAGAUCCCUCCGCACUCAGAUCCCUCGCACUCAGAUCCCUCCGCACUCAGAUCCCCGCACUCAGAUCCCUCCGCACUCAGAUCCCUCCGCACUCAGAUCCCUCUGCACUCAGAUCCCUCCGCACUCAGAUCCCUCCGCACUCAGAUCCCUCCGCACUCAGAUCCCUCUGCACUCAGAUCCCUCCGCACUCAGAUCCCUCCGCACUCAGAUCCCUCCGCACUCAGAUCCCUCCGCACUCAGAUCCCUCCGCACUCAGAUCCCUCCGCACUCAGAUCCUCCGCACUCAGAUCCCUCCGCACUCAGAUCCCUCCGCACUCAGAUCCUCCGCACUCAGAUCCCUCCGCACUCAGAUCCCUCCGCACUCAGAUCCCUCCGCACUCAGAUCCCUCCGCACUCAGAUCCCUCCAGCACCUCCCUCGCACUCAGAUUCCUCCGCACUCAGAUCCCUCCGCACUCAGAUCCCUCCGCACUCAGAUCCCUCCGCACUCAGAUCCCUCCGCACUCAGAUCCCUCCGCACUCAGAUCCCUCCGCACUCAGAUCCCUCCGCACUCAGAUCCCUCGCACUCAGAUCCCUCUGCACUCAGAUCCCUCCGCACUCAGAUCCCUCCGCACUCAGAUCCCUCCGCACUCAGAUCCCUCUGCACUCAGAUCCUCCGCACUCAGAUCCCUCCGCACUCAGAUCCUUCGCACUCAGAUCCCUCCGCACUCAGAUCCCUCCGCACUCAGAUCCCUCGCACUCAGAUCCCUCGCACUCAGAUCCUCCGCACUCAGAUCCCUCCGCACUCAGAUCCCUCCGCACUCAGGAUCCUCCGCACUCAGAUUCCUCCGCACUCAGAUCCCUCUGCACUCAGAUCCCUCCGCACUCAGAUCCCUCCGCACUCAGAUCCCUCCGCGCUGAUAUCGCUGCGCGCUGU